UUCACAUAAAUGCUUUGUCCACGCCGGUUAAGUGGCAAACGUGUGCAACUUCGAGUAUACUUUUUAAUAGUUAAUUUAUAUUACUCUAUGGAGUGCUGUGCCGUUUGUACAUAACCAGAAUUCCGAGAAUAGGCGUAAGUGAAAACUUUUGUUCUCGAGCUGAUCGUACAUAGCCAUGCAUGUACAUGUACAUAAGUACAUAAUGUGAGAUGAACAAGUUUUUUCUGAGCAGGUCGAAAACAUAUGUAAAUAAUGGCAUGUAAUGGGCAUAUGAAUAAGUCAAGUCAUUAGGGUUAUAUGCUAUAUUCUUGUGCUCACACAGGACUAAAUACGCAGUGUGCCCAUAUUUGAGCAAAUACUUGAAUUAAAUGUGAACAAAAGGUUGCAACAUACGUAUGUAUGUAUGUACUUAUGUACGAUCAUUUCCUAUUGUACGCAGUAUUCCCAUAUCGGAGUUACCCAAAGUUCCUGAUAAAUCGGCACACAUAAAUGGCUUGAGAGUGAGGCAAGGAGAGAAUCCAUAGUUUUAAACGGAACGUAUGGCCGAUAUAAUGGAUCUUUUAUGCUCGGAAAUCAUAGUCUAUGAAUCAGAUCCAUCAUUAUAUCGUCUGAACAAACGACAGCAGCAAAUGUCCACGCCGGCGAUCAUUCGGGAUCAAUCAUCGAUAUGUUCAUCCUUGGGGGACGCGGAAUCCGAUUCCCAUCCCGAUGCCCAGAACAAUGCCGUAGUGUGCAAUAUGAAGGAGCUGGUGUAUAUAUACGCGUCGGUGGACUCGGCUGCGAAAAAUCCAGAAGAAUUGGAGCCCCCGCCGCCGCCUCCACCGCCGCCGCCACCACCACCGACAGCGACCCAAUCAAUCCAAAGUUAUCCGCGUUACAUCAGCCAGGACCCACCGACGUCACAUUGCCAACGAUUCGACGAUCGCCUGACCACAACAGCCGAUCCACCCGCAACCGACAACGUGAACACUGCCAUCGGGGAUCCCACAUUGUACUCGGAUCGUUGUCUGGAGAACUUCCUCAAGGUCGAGGAAAAGCACCACAAGAUUCCCGACACGUACUUUAGCAUCCAGAAGGAUAUUACGCCACCGAUGCGCAAAAUUGUCGCCGAAUGGAUGAUGGAAGUGUGUGCUGAGGAAAAUUGCCAGGAAGAGGUCGUAUUACUGGCAUUAAAUUACAUGGAUCGAUUUCUUUCGAGCAAAUCAGUACGCAAGACCCAACUACAAAUUUUGGCCGCAGCUUGCCUCUUACUGGCUUCAAAGCUCCGUGAACCGAGCUGUCGUGCUCUUUCGGUGGAUCUGCUCGUUGUUUACACGGACAACAGCAUUUACAAGGAUGACUUGAUUAAAUGGGAGCUGUAUGUGCUGAGCCGCUUGGGCUGGGACCUCUCAUCUGUGACUCCCUUGGACUUCCUUGAGCUUCUGAUGAUGCGCCUGCCGAUAGGCAGUAAAAACUUUCCGGACAUAAACAUUGGCAAAGUGCGUGGACAUGCUCAGGCAUUUAUAUCGUUGGCUGCGAAAGAACAUAAGUUUGCCAAGUUCUCGGCCAGCACCAUAGCUGCAUCGAGCAUAGCUGCGUCCAUGAACGGUCUAAAGUGGCAUCUGCGCUCGGGACACAAUCUGCACUUCCUGUUGAGUCUUAUGACCGAUCUGACCAGCGUGGAGCAAGCUCAGGUGCAGGAUUGCAUGCUGCACAUGGAGGACAUCUUUAAGGAGCACAGUCGGAAUCUAGAGCCAUAUCUAGUGAACAUUGACCCAGAGGAAAUGUCAGCACUAUACUACAAGGGGCGCUUCCAAAUACAUCAAUCGCAGCACCUCUCGCAAAUCUCAAUAAGACCCUUGCCGCUGCCGAAAGCUCCAGCCGAGUGCGUGGAGCAGCACCAGCAGCAGCACAACUUUGGGUCCGCAGCGCCACAUCGAACGCACACGUGCAAGAUGCAGGCGCAGGCUCAGGCUCAAAACGAGAUACAAGACGUUACAUUUUGAGGUGUCAAAUGAUAGUUAUACAUACAUGAUAGUUAUGUCAGACUUAAGUUGCAAUUAUAUAUAGGAUCCCAAUAGUCCGAUCACUGUACGAUUGGCCAAUAUCACACUAUUUACAUUUGAAUCGAUGUAUUUUAUAUGUACCCAACUAUUUUUUACCAAACUGUGGGUUUUUAUCUUUAGCUAUCAUAAAUAUUUUGUAUAAAAUAGUUUUAAGUAAUCAUCAUGAAACUUUGAAAUGGAUGAAACAUAAAAACGAGACUGAUUGUAAGCAGCAAAGCAACAUUUUUUUGUAUAUAUACGCUUUUCGAAAUCCUACACAGAUAACCAAAAAAGAACGAACUAUUAAAUGCAAUUUUUUAAAAACCAUCCAACAUAAAGAGAAAAACAAUAUGUUAAAGUUACAUUUGAUAAUAAUUAUAUUAGUUGGCAAAUAAAUGAUAGGAAAAAGCAA